AGGUGUGCAUACUACCACACCGGGUUUUAGUGGGUCUUACUAGCUUCAAAAUUGGAUCUAUCUGGGAUUUGGGCUCUGAAAGUGCCUAGGGUUGGGACAGCAUGCCACAGGCACUUCACAAUGCACUCUCAGCAUGGUCACUCCCCUAGGCCCUUGGCAAGCUUGCAAAGUAUGCAGAUGCAGAUAUAAACACACACACAGAGACAGUUGGCCCCCUGGCCUGGCCUCCCUUCCUCCAUUCUCAAGUUACAAGUUAAAAGCAUCCUAUUCACAGCCAAGGAGGUAGGGAUGAGAGAGGGGUACUGGAGCAGAGAACCACCUGGUUCAGAUCAACAUGGAUCACUCUGGACCCCUCCAAACUCCUGGGGCAUUCCCUCCCUUAUUGAAGGCUCACAGGUUUCCCUCCUUCCCUUUCCCCCUUUCCCCUGGGAAACUGGGACGGCCCAAAGGAAAAUCUGCCAAUGGAAGAUGACAAAACAGAAAAGUGAAUUAUGCAGGCAAGUCUGUGACACCCCUCAGAGCCCUCAGUCCCACUUUCCCUUCAAAUCCUGAGUACUAAGACUAAACUUAAGAUCACCACAUACAGGCAACCAAGCCUUCUUCCACACUCCACAAAAUGUUCGGAGCACCUAGCAGGUAUUCCCCCCAACCCCCACCAAGGGCAACUCCCUCCAAAGUUAGCAGCAGAAGCAAGAUGAGGCUUAGGGGUGUAGUCUCCCAGAGUCCUCUAAUGCCACUAACCCAUAAAAGUAGGCAGAUCGCAUCCCUCUGAGAAUCCCAGAGGGACUUCCAAGUCUACCAGGCAUAAGAGAAGGGGUAGGCAACUAGUUUACAGACAUUUGUCCCAAAGACAAGGAGGAAGUGUGCAUUACUGGUGUCCCAGGUGCUCCAAUCCCCUCUCAGUGGCAGCUGCUGAAAGAGACUGCAGAUGCCUUUCUGCCACCAGCAUCUAUUUCUCUCUCUCCCUUCUCCUAACACCACCUUACUCCUUUGAGCAGCUGGAAAGCAAGUCAAGAUGGGAGAUGGAUGCAGCUGGCAAGAGACAGAAACGAAAGGCUAAGUCGAGCAAGCAGCAAUAGGUGGGUGACUCCUCUCCAAGCAGAAGGCUAUGCAAUGGAAAAGAGGGCCAAAGAAGUGGGACAGGAGCUAAAGGAGAGACUAAAGUGAGCUCAGCCCAGGGGCUGGUAAGUUUGGUCCAGUCGCAGGAGAAUGACUGGAGGGAAGGAAUCAGUCUUCCAAGGCAUGGAAGGCACGUAAGAGACAAGGGAUGGGGCUCAGGUCAACGUUCACAGGAGUGGCCCAUUGGCCAAGUUUCUGGCUUGCAUCGUGCCUCACUUUCUCCAAGGAACACCAUCCAUUUUCGCCAGAAUGGAGCAGUCAAAGGGGGUUGAUUGGACAGUCAUCAUCCUGACAUGCCAGUACAAGGACAGUGUUCAGGUCUUUCAGAAAGAGCUGGAGGUACGACAGAGGCGGGAGCAGAUCCCUGCUGGCACACUGUUGCUGGCUGUGGAGGACCCUGAGAUGCGUGUGGGCAGUGGAGGAGCCACCCUCAAUGCACUGCUGGUGGCUGCUGAACACCUGAGUGCCCGCGCAGGCUUCACCGUGGUCACAUCUGAUGUCCUUCACUCAGCCUGGAUCUUCAUCUUACACAUGGGCCGAGACUUCCCCUUCGAUGACUGUGGCAGGGCCUUCACCUGCCUUCCUGUGGAGAACCCCCAAGCUCCUGUGGAGGCCUUGGUUUGCAACCUAGACUGCUUGCUGGACGUCAUGACCCAUCGACUGGGCCCAGGCUCCCCACCAGGUGUAUGGGUCUGCAGUACUGACAUGCUGCUGUCUGUUCCUCCAAACCUUGGCAUCAGCUGGGAUGACUUCCGGGGAGCCAGAGUGAUUGCUUUUCCAGGGAGCCCAACCUAUGCUAUGAAUCAUGGUGUCUACCUCACUGACUCACAGGGCUUUGUUUUGGACAUUUACUACCAGGGCACUGAGGCAGAGAUACAGCGGUGUGUCAGGCCUGAUGGACGAGUGCCAUUGGUCUCUGGGGUUGUCUUCUUCUCUGUGGAGACUGCUGAACAUCUCCUGGCCACCCACGUGAGCCCACCCCUGGAUGCCUGCACCUACAUGGGCUUGGACUCUGGAGCUCGGCCUGUCCAGCUGUCUCUGUUUUUUGACAUCUUGCUCUGCAUGGCUCGGAGUGUGAGCAGGGAGGACUUCCUGGCUGGGCGGCCCCCAGAGAUGGGGCAAGGUGACACAGAUGUAGCAAGUUAUCUGAAGGGUGCCCGGGCCCAGCUGUGGAGAGAGCUUCGCGAUCAGCCCCUUACCAUGGUGUAUGUUCCUGAUGGCAGCUACAGCUACAUGACAUCCUCAGCCAGUGAGUUCCUGCAUAGCCACACGCUGCCUGGGGCCCCUGGGCCCCAGAUCAUUCACUCUCAGGUGGAGGAGCCACAGCUCCUGGGGGCUGGAUGCUCCGUGAUCAGCUGCCUUCUGGAGGGUCCUGUGCACCUGGGGCCUGGUAGUGUUCUGCAGCACUGCCACCUGCGGGGCCCCAUUUACAUUGACACCGGUUGCUUCUUGAGUGGCUUGGACAUAGCCCAGUGUGAGGCACUGCAUGGCUUGAAGCUGUGUGAUGUUGUCCUGCAGGGACACCACGUGCGGCUACAUGGCUCCCUGAGCCGAGCCUUCACCCUCGUUGGUCGUCUGGACAGCUGGGAAAGACAGGGGGCAGGCACAUACCUCAACAUAUCAUGGAGUGAAUUCUUCAAGAAGACAGGCAUUCGAGACUGGGACCUGUGGGACCCAGACACACUCCCUACAGAGCGUUGCCUUCUGAGUGCUCGCCUCUUCCCUGUGCUGCACCCCUCGAGGGCCCUGGGGCCCCAGGACAUGCUAUGGAUGUUGGACCCCCAGGAGGAUGGUGGCAAGGCCCUCAAGGCCUGGCGAGCCUCCUGGCGCCUAUCCUGGGAGCAGCUACAGCCACACCUGGACCGGGCUGCCACCCUAGCCUCCCGUCGGGACCUGUUCUUCUGCCAGGCCCUGCAAAAGGCAAGGCAUGUGUUGGAGGCCCGGCAGGACCUCUGCCUUCGGCCGCUGAUCCGGGCUGCUGUCCGAGAAGGCUGCCCUGGGCUCCUGCUGACCACGCUGGAUCAGGUUGCAGCUGGGGCGGGAAACCCUGGUGUGGCAGCCCGGGCUCUGGCCUGUGUGGCCGACGUACUGGGCUGCAUGGCAGAGGGCCAGGGAGGCUUGCGGAGUGGGCCGGCUGCCAACCCUGAGUGGAUGCGGCCCUUCUCAUACCUGGAGUGUGGAGACCUGGCAGGAGGUGUGGAGGCACUUGCCCAGGAGAGGGACAAGUGGCUGAGCAGGCCAGCCUUGCUGGUGCGAGCUGCCCGCCACUACGAGGGGGCUGGGCAGAUUCUGAUCCGCCAGGCUGUGAUGACAGCCCAGCAUUUUGUCUCCACGGAGCCAGUGGACUUGCCAGCACCUGGGCAGUGGGUGGUGGCUGAGUGCCCAGCCCGUGUAGAUUUCUCUGGAGGCUGGAGUGACACGCCACCCAUUGCCUAUGAGUUUGGCGGGGCAGUGUUGGGUUUGGCUGUGAGAGUGGAUGGCCGCCGGCCCAUCGGGGCCAGGGCACGCCGUAUCCUGGAGCCUGAGUUGUGGCUGGCAGUGGGGCCUCGACAGGAAGAGAUGGCCAUGAAGAUAGUAUGCCGGAGCCUGGACGACCUGCAGGAUUACUGCCAGCCUCAUUCCCCAGGGGCCCUGCUGAAGGCAGCGUUUAUCUGUGCGGGGAUUGUGCACAUUCGCUCUGAACUCUCUCUGUGUGAACAGCUGCUGCAUACCUUUGGGGGUGGCUUUGAGCUGCACACCUGGUCUGAGCUGCCCCAUGGCUCUGGUCUUGGCACCAGCAGCAUCCUGGCAGGUGCUGCUCUGGCUGCCUUGCAGCGGGUUGCAGGCCGGGCAGUGGGCACGGAGGCUCUGAUCCACGCAGUGCUGCAUCUGGAGCAGGUGCUCACCACAGGAGGCGGCUGGCAGGACCAGGUGGGUGGCCUAAUGCCUGGCAUCAAAGUGGGGCGCUCCCGGGCCCAGCUACCACUAAAGGUGGAGGUGGAGGAGAUCACUGUGCCUCAGGGCUUUGUCCAGACACUCAAUGACCACUUGCUCCUGGUGUACACUGGGAAGACCCGCCUGGCCCGGAAUCUGUUGCAGGAUGUACUGAGGAGCUGGUAUGCCCGGCUGCCUGCUGUGGUGCAGAAUGCCCACGCUCUCGUACAGCAGACGGAGGAAUGCAUUGAAGCCUUCCACCAAGGAAGUCUGCCUCUGCUGGGCCAGUACCUGUCCUCCUACUGGCAGCAGAAGAAACUCAUGGCUCCAGGCUGUGAACCCUUGGCAGUGCGGCGAAUGAUGGAUGUCCUGGCUCCCUACGUGCAUGGCCAGAGCCUGGCAGGGGCAGGUGGCGGGGGCUUUCUCUAUCUGUUGACCAAGGAACCACGGCAAAAAGAGGCUCUAGAGGCUGUGCUGGCCAAGACUGAGGGCCUCGGCAAGUACAGCAUCCACUUGGUGGAAGUGGACACUCAAGGUCUGAGUCUGCAGCUGCUGCGGAGUGAGGCUUCCACCUGACACCUAUCUCAAUGAUGCUGGGCGCUCUGAAGCAGUUACAGCUUCUCUUCUUCUGCAGGAACUCUCAGCUCUCAGCCUGCUGUUCCCCACCCAUCUCCAAGUCUGCUCCCAAAGGAACCAAGAGUCAGGCAAGAGAGGCAGUGCUUGGGGACAGGACUACACCUCAUGACUGGCAGUGGCUGAGAUUUGGCUUCUGCUCCAUGUGGGUUGAGGAAGGUCCUAAGCUCAGUCUCAUGUGCGGCUCUUACAAGUCCCAUGGCUCAGUUUAGGCCUUGGCUGUCUCACUCUCCAGAGGGCCUUGGAAGGGGAUGACAACCAGAUGUAUCAGGGGGUCCCUUGCUAAGACUGACCCUACAGAGGCCCUUUGAGGCAUUUCCUGUGGCCUGAUGUAGAGUUACAGUUUUCAUGUUCAGUCCUUACUCCUUAGCCUUCCUGGGAGAGUGAGAUGAGGGCAAGGCUCCAUCCCUAGGUCUGUGACAGUGAGCCAGUGCAGUCCUUACAGCAAGUCCCUGCCAACGCAGGCCUUAACCAGCAACACUACCAACAGUGUCA